ACUGCCAGGUGGGUGCUGAGGGUGGCACUGCCAGGUGGGUGCUGGGGGUGGCACUGCCAGCUCACUUCUCCUGGUGGCAAUGCCAGGUGAGUUCUCCUUGCCCAGAGGGGCUCAGUGAUGGCAAAUCCAGGUCAGUUCUCCUGGUGGUAAUUAUGGGCAGUUCUGCUGGUGGCAUUUCCAGGUCAGUUCUUGCCCAGGUUGGCAUUUCCAGGUGAGUUCUCCUUGCCCAGGUUGGCAAUUCCAGGUGAGUUCUCCUUGCCCAGGCUGGCAUUUCCAGGUCAGUUCUCCUUGCCCAGGUUGGCAUUUCCAGGUCAGUUCUCCUUGCCCAGGUUGGCAUUUCCAGGUCAGUUCUCCUUGCCCAGGUUGGCAAUUCCAGGUGAGUUCUCCUUGCCCAGGUUGGCAAUUCCAGGUCAGUUUUCCUUGCCCAGGUUGGCAAUUCCAGGUCAGUUCUUGCCCAGGUUGGCAUUUCCAGGUGAGUUCUCCUUGCCCAGGUUGGCAUUUCCAAGUCAGUUCUCCUCAUGGCAAUUCCGGGUCAGUUCUCCUUGCCCAGGUUGGCAAUUCCAGGUCAGUUUUCCUUGCCCAGGUUGGCAAUUCCAGGUGAGUUCUCCUUGCCCAGGUUGGCAAUUCCAGGUCAGUUCUCCUUGCCCAGGUUGGCAAUUCCAGGUCAGUUCUCCUUGCCCAGGUUGGCAUUUCCAGGUCAGUUCUCCUCAUGGCAAUUCCAGGUGAGUUCUCCUUGCCCAGGUUGGCAUUUCCAGGUGAGUUCUCCUUGCCCAGGUUGGCAUUUCCAGGUGAGUUCUCCUUGCCCAGGUUGGCAAUUCCAGGUCAGUUCUCCUUGCCCAGGUUGGCAUUUCCAGGUGAGUUCUCCUUGCCCAGCUGGGCUCACUGGUGCCACUUCAGCAGGAAUCCAGACUGGAAUAAUUUCUGUGACCCCAAACUUUCAAGAAUUCACAGGGGGGGCAUUUUUUCCAUCCCAAAAUCCAGCAUUAAAUCCUGAUUCUCCAUAAAUAAAAAGUUUAAAACUCCCCAGUCCUUUCUUAUCCAUUUGAAUCACCACCAGCCCAUCAGUGUUUUCAUAAUUAAUUGUUUAAUUAGAGAUGUUCUGCUGCUCUUUCAGGUACCUGAUUGAGGUUGAAGGCAUGGAGCCCAAUGCUGCCAUAGAGUUGUUCAACGCGGCUCGAGGGCACCCCAUGGAGAGACCCAACUACAUCCAGGACCUGCAGGGCAGAGCCCCGGGCUGCUGUGAGCUGCAGGAUCCGGGCUCAGAUGGGAGGAAGGGGAGCAGCGCCCCAGCACAGCCCCAGAGGCGCCCCCAGCCCCCCCUGGCAGUGCCCAGGGGCAGCAGCAGUGGCAGGCAGAGGCAGGAGGAGCAGAGGAAACAGAAAAAGCAGAAUCAUCAGGAGAGAGAACAUCAGGAAGAGAGGAAACAGAAAAAGCAGAAUUAUCUGGAGAUGGAGCAUCAGGAGCAGAGGAAACAGAAGAAGCUGGAGCAGAGGAAGCAGAAAAAAAUGGAAGAUCUGGAGAUGGAACAUAUGGAGGAGAAGAAACAGAAAAAGCUGAAACAUCAGGAGCAGAAUCACCUGGAGCAGAGGAAACAGAAAAAACUGGAACAUCUGGAGCAGAAUCAUCUGGAGAUGGAGCAUCAGGAGCAGAGGAAACAGAAAAAACUGGAACAUCAGGAGCAGAGAAAACAGAAAAAGCAGAAACAUCAGGAGCAGAAUCAUCUGGAAAUGGAGCAUCAGGAGCAGAGGAAAGAGAAGGAACAGAAACAUCUGGAGCAGAAGCAGCAGAAUCAUCUGGAGAUGGAGCAUCAGGAGAAAAGGAAGCAGAAAAGGCAGAAACAUCAGGAGCAGAAUCUGGAGCUGGAGCAGAGGAAGCAGAAAAAGCUGAAACAUCUGGAGAUGGAGCAUCAGGAGCAGAGGAAAGAGAGGAAACAGAAACAUCUGGAGCAGAAUCAUCUGGAGAUGGAGCAGCAGGAGCAGAGGAAACAGAAGGAGCUCCAGGAGCACCUUGGACAGAGGCAGCAGGAAAAGCUGGAACCCCUGGAGCUGGAACAUCAGGAGCAAAGGGAGCAGAAGCAGCAGAAUCAUCUGGAGCUGGAACAUCUGGAGAGGGAGCAUCAGGAGCAGAAGAAGCAGAAAAAGCAGAAUCACCUGGAGCAGAGGAAGCAGAAAAAGCUGGAGCUCCAGGAGCAUCUUGAACAGAGGGAAGAGGAAAAGCUGGAACAUCAGGAGAUGGAACAUCAGGAGAUGGAGCAUCAGGAGAAAAGGAAGCAGAAAGAGCAGAAUCACCUGGAGCAGAGGAAGCCAAAAAAGCAGAAACAUCUGGAGCAGAAUCACCUGGAAACGGAGCAUCAGGAGCAGAGGAAAGAGAGGAAACAGAAACAUCUGGAGCAGAAAAAGCAGAAUCACGUGGAGCAGAAUCAUCUGGGGAUGGAGCAGCAGGAACAGAAGGAGCAGAACCCGCUGGAGCUCCAGGAGCAUCCUGAGCAGAAGAGGCAGAAAAGGCUGAAACAUCAGGAGCAGAGGAAACAGAAGGAACAGAAUCAUGUGGAGAUGGAGCUCCAGGAGCAGAGGAAGCAGAAAAAGCUGGACAAGAGACAGCAGAAGAAACAGAACCAGCAGGAGCAGAAGCAGCAGAAUUCUCUGGAGCAGAAUUCUCUGGAACAGAAUGUUUUGGACCACAACAAUCAGGAGCAGGAGGCCCUGGAGCCCCCCAGGAACUGCUGCCUGUCCCCACCCCCCAAGAAGAAAAAGAAGCAGCAGCAGCAGGAGCUGUCCUGACACAGGAGAACCCUGCAGAGCUGCUUUCGUCUCAUUUUAAUCUCAUUUUAAUCUCAUUUUAAUCUCAUUUUUAACCUGGUUUCUCUCACUGCCCACAGCUCUGGUGCUUUUCCACCAGGAGAGCCCUGCAGGAGCAGCAGGAACUGUUUUUAAGCAAAUCAAGGCUGGUUUUUGAUCUGGUUCUGUCACAGCUCCGGGGUUUUUACAGGAGUUUUUCAUCGGUGCUGGGAGUGAUCCGUGAUCAUUCCAUGAUAUUCUGCAAUAAUCCUAAAGAAACUUCCUCAGGUGCCCCUGGGCCUUCAACAAAACGGGAUUUUGUUGAUUUCCUCAGGGCAAGGAACGGGACUGACCAUGAAAACUCUGAUUUUUAUUCUCUUUUUUACCCAGUUUUGCUAUAAUGGGUAAAUCAGCAACAUUUUUUACCUGAGUAUAAAAUUUUUACUUUUGCUAAAGUAAAUUUCCACGCUGUGCAAACUCCA